AUGGUUGUUGGGUUGCUACGAUGUUUCACGGUCCUGGCGGUUGCCAUGGUGAUUGUCCAGGCUGGUGUGCUGAAGAACACCCCUGAGAAUGCUGCCCGGCUGAGGAACCUUCGUCCGGAUGAGCUGGCCGAGGAGCUGAGUGGACAGUUUGAGGGUGAUAUUGUGCUGAGCGAGGAUCAGGAACGAUCGCUGCUGGGUAACAAGCGGAACGGGCUGAUUGCAACGACCUUCCGGUGGCCAGAAAAUACCGUCCCAGUGAUGAUCGUCGAGGAGGACUUCACACCGGAGCAGAUCGAACACAUCAAGCGAGGCCUGCGGCAGAUCGAGUCGGUGUCCUGCCUGAAGUUUGUUACGCGUGGUGAAGAGCACAACGAUUACGUGCGUGUUAUCGGUACCGGUUCCGGAUGCUACUCGUCCGUCGGUCACCGUGGUGGUGCGCAGACACUCAACCUGGAACCGUACGCCGUGGAUACGGGUUGCUUCCGGUUGGCGACGAUCGUGCAUGAGUUUAUCCACGCGCUUGGAUUCUACCAUCAGCAGAGCGCUAGCGAUCGGGACGAGUUCGUCGAGAUCGUGUGGGAAAACAUCGAGGAGGGCAAGGAGCACAACUUUAACAUCUACGAUAGUGGCACGGUGACGGACUUUAGCGUGCGGUAUGACUACGGCAGCGUGAUGCAUUACAGUGGGACCGCGUUUAGCAAGAAUGGCCAGCGGACGAUCGUGCCCAAGGAUUCGACGGCCACGAUCGGGCAGCGGGUGGGCAUGAGCGAGCGGGAUAUCUCCAAGCUGAACCAUAUGUACAAGUGUCUGAACAAGAACUAAGCGAGCGAUAGCAGAGGCCCCCCCCCCGUUCCUUUGGCCAGAGUGGUAGUUUAAUAAAUGUGUCGCAAUACUGAAAGAUUAAUGCAAGAUCUCCUCAACGGCUACUGAUUUACAUGCUGUUGUAUGCGAUGGAUGUUGAAUAAAUACAUGAAAAAUGUAAAAAAAAUGCACUAACCCUAUUUAAAAACGUUGAACAAAGUUGGUUUCUCUCCUUAAAACUCAAAUUAAAUGCGUUUUGCAACGAACAGUACGUAUUUUUGUAAUUAUUUAGUUAUAAAAGUGAAUAAAUACUUAAG